UUCUCGUGAUUUUAUUUCACCUGAUGUCAGGCUGCAGUAGCUUUGCAGUGCAAGCGAUUUUAGUCUGCAAUCGCGUGUCGACUGUCGAGUAGUUUUAUUGGAUUUGGUUUGUUCGUCCGUGGCUCACUCUGGUGUGCCGAGUUGCCGACAAUCAAAUUGGGGGAGGUGUUCUGUUAAUUUUCGAUUCUGUUCUUUCCUGGGUGUAGGUAGAUAUACAUUCUCACCUUGACGAUGGGAAAAACUGGAACCGAAAAGGAGCAUCUUGUAGAUGUUGAAACGAAAAACUACGACAGUGGAUCGGUUGUUGGUAUCAAACAAGAUGCUACAUUGACGAAUGACUGGCACACAAAUUCGAGUAAUGGUUCCGGAAAUGAAGAGACUCGUCAUUUGUCAACUUUUUUCGGUGUUGUUGUACCAUGUAUUCUGUCCAUGUUCAGUGUCAUUCUCUUUCUUCGUAUGGGCUUCAUUGUUGGACAGGCUGGACUGACACAAUCGCUCAUCAUUUUAUUUAUGGCCUAUGUCAUCAUCGGACUUACUGUAUUAUCAGUUUGUGCAAUUGCAACUAAUGGGGCAAUAGAAGGAGGUGGUGCCUAUUUUAUGAUAAGUCGUGCUUUGGGACCAGAGUUUGGCGGGGCAAUUGGUCUUAUGUUCUUUUUGGCGAAUGUUGCUUCAGCUGCCCUUUAUGUUUUUGGUAUAGUUGAAGCAAUGGGUGCGUAUUUUGGACCUAAUGGAGAGCUCGCCAAGGAUGUAGUAAAAACCGGGACAUGGUAUGAUUUUGGUUAUGGAUCAGCAAUUUUAUUCAUAUGCUUCGUUGUCUGUCUCGUUGGAGCGAAUAUUUAUGCCAAAACAACCUUCAUCAUAUUUUUGGUUGUUAUGAUUUCAAUCAUAUCUGUUAUAAUAAGUUUCUUUGCCAAAUCUGCUUACACCAUUCAUUUCAAUCACACGUCAGAAUUGGCUCGGUGUAACUACACAUCUGUAUAUUAUACUGGGUUUAAUAAGACAACAUUGGAUGACAAUAUGGCAGCAAAUUACACCACUGAUUAUACGACCGGGAAAGCCCAGCAUUUCAUAUCGGUAUUUGCAGUAUUUUUUAAUGGCUGCAUCGGAAUCAACGCUGGGGCCAACAUGUCAGGGGAGUUGAAAAACCCAAGUAAAGCUAUCCCAGUUGGGACGAUUCUAGCGUGUCUGAUAACCUGGUUUAUUUAUCUUUUAUUGAUGGUGUUUAUUGCCGCUACAACUCCAAGAGAUAUCCUGCAAUGCAGUUACACAUUUCUUGUCAGUAUCAAUGUUUGGCCUCCAUUUGUUGUGAUUGGAAUAUUUGCUUCAUCAGCCUCUGCUGUAUUAAGCCAACUUAUUGGAGCUUCCAGAAUAUUGUUAGCCCUUGCUAAAGAUGAAUUAUUUGGUAUAAUACUGAGACCAGUUACCAAAACAACAAAAGGAGGAAAUCCAUAUGUUGCAGUGCUUGUCACUUGGUUAUUGGUGCAAGUAGUUUUGUUUGCAAGAAACGUGAACACAAUUGCUCCUGUUGUCACUAUAUUUUUCCUAUUUGCAUACGCAGCAGUGGAUAUGUCAUGCCUUGCAUUGGAAUGGGCUUCAGCACCUAAUUUCAGGCCUACCUUCAAAUAUUUCUCAUGGCAUACUUGUCUUCUUGGUAUCAUAAGUUGUGUUGUCAUGAUGUUCCUUAUUCAAGCCAUUUACACAUCAAUCAGUAUAGUUGUACUUGUGGUACUAGUUGUUGUCAUACACUACAGAGUACCGACAUCUUCAUGGGGAUAUAUAAGUCAAGCAUUGAUAUUUCAUCAGGUUCGAAAAUAUUUGCUUAUGUUGGAUGUACGAAAAGAACAUGUAAAAUUCUGGCGACCCCAAAUUCUUCUGAUGGUCAAAAAUCCAAGAACUUGUUGCCAGAUGAUUGAUUUUAUCAAUUCUAUCAAGAAAUCAGGCCUUUAUGUACUCGGCCAUGUUAGUCCGGGUCGACUUGCAGAUAUGCCGAGAGAUAUUUUACAAGCUCAAUAUCAUCAUUGGACAAAUUUAGUUGAAGAACUUGGUGUGAAAGCAUUCAUUGAAUUAACAUUAUCAACAUCAGUCAGAGAAGGAACAGAACAUUUACUUAGAUUAUCAGGUCUUGGUGGAAUGAAGCCCAAUACAUUAGUGCUUGGUUUUUAUGAUGACUCAACUCCAAAAAAUAGCUUCGACCAAAUGAAGAUUUUCAAACCAGUAGAAGAGCGGGUUAUUAAUACAGAGACUGCAUCAGAUACAAACGAUUCUUUUCCACCUGUACCUCGUUCUACAUCUGCAAAUUAUUUCCCAUUGAUUGAUGAGUCCACGUCAUCAUCAACAUGGAUGGAUAAUAAAAAUCUUCAGGCUCAAGAAUAUGUUGAAAUUAUCGCUGAUGCUAUUAAAUUAAGAAAGAAUGUGUGUUUGGGAAGAUAUUUUUAUGAGCUGGAUAAAUCAUUGAUAACAGAAAGACGACAAAAAGGUGAAAUAUUAUACAUCGACGUAUGGCCUGUUAAUUUCCUACAUCCUGUAUUAUCGAAGUAUAACACAAAAACAGGCAGUUCAACAUUUCCUGAACCUAAAUCACCAAGUCCUUUCGAUAUUGGUACAAUGUCAGGAAUAUCAGUGUCUCCUACUUCACAUUUUGAUGUAACGAGUGUAUUUCUGAUGCAAAUGGCUUGUAUUCUCAACAUGACACCAUUUUGGAAGAAAAAUGUAAAACUUCGAAUCAAUCUUUGCACUGAAAUAGAUUCUGAUAAUCAAGAAACAUCGAUUGAUCGUCAGCUAUCGGAAUUUCUGAAAACUGUACGAAUCAAAGCAGAAGUACGUACGAUACCAUGGCAUAAUACUCCGUUACUUUAUUCGCAGAAAGGAAGCUCUGGAGACUCACCAAGACAACUAUUGGGUGGAAUUGUUACAGAUGUUUCACCAGAUAUUCAGAAUGAAGGGGCGAGUGGAAGUGGCGUCACUGAUACCAUGUCUGGAUUCUAUCCAAAAACAUUUUUCAGUGGACCGCAAGAUCUUCAUGCUAGCCAUCAUAUUCCUACAAUCGGAGAUGAUGAAGAGAGUAUAUCAAAUUAUUUGGAGAGCGUUAAUGGAUUGAUCAAAUCAAAUAUGUCCGAUUCUGUUGUAACAUUUUUAUACCUGCCAUCACCACCUACGAUGAAACAGCUUAUCAAGAGUAUUUAAGAAUGUUGACUUCAACUUCUAAUGGACUUGGACCUACACUAUUUGUACAUGGCCUCUCACAUGUAGUCUCAACAACAUUGUGAAGAUAUAGUCGAACUCUGAUACACAUGUUAUCGAUGGAUCAAAUUUUGUGUGGUUGAAUUCUUAUUUUGGAUGAUUUGUAUCUUUUGCUAAUCGCAUUCUUUUGGAAACGCCCAAACCCAUCUUAAACUCAGUAUGACAUAUAAAACAUUUUACUGUGAAAUGAAAUAAUAGAGGAUUUUAUACCAUUUUUUCACUCAUUGAUAUUCCAUCCUAAAACUUUUGAUUGCAUUCCAAGUAAUCAAGUGUUUUCUUUUACAACUUUACUUUAAUAUUUUCCUAAUCUUGGUUUCUAAUUUUUUGAAGCAAUAUUGGUCAUCACAAUGUCACAGAUUUCUUUUGCUUUAAUCUCAAGUGAAUCCUUAACUGUGAUCAUCAUUUGCUAUUAUAAUAAUGCUACAAUUGUGCUUCUUCUAUUAUCCUGUUGGUUGAGCUUUUAGAGAAUUUUGAAUAUUUAUGCUCACAUACGUCAUAUACAAAAAGAAGUGAAAUUUAUAUUCAUCGUUUUGAUCAAAAAUGUAUAGAUGAAGCUAUUGUGUGAUGUCACAAUGAAUUGCUAACUUUGUUUCUUUUUUUAUCUGUGUGUUAUAUGAUUAAGUAAAACACAACUAAAUGUAAAAUUUCAAUACACUAUGUAUGUACUUCUGAUCCCAUAAAAUCACCACAUGGUUGAAUACUGUAUAUUUUAUUAUAAUUCAUAACAAUCUGUUAAAUAACUAAGGCUUUCUGUCAUUUUUUGCUCAAGUUCACAUAUAACUAAGGCUUUCUGUCAUUUUUUUCUUAAGUUCACAUAUGAAAUUUUUCUAUUAUUUGUUAAGUUACUUCCAAUAUUAUUACUGUACCUUAGUCAAUAGUGAGAAGUGACUUAUUUUCUUCCGAAUUUAUCUUAAAGAGUCAGUCUGUAGACUGCUACGAUCUUCUCGUGCAAUAUAGUUCUAUAUGCUUUAUAUAGCUAUUCGGUGUAGUUUAGGCUAUAAUUCUGUGCUAUAUAUUUUGUUGGUAUAUAGAAUAUUGCUUCUUUGUUGCUUUUCUUUAUGCAUUUAUUCCAUUUGAAUAAACCUAUCUAAUGCUA